UGCCUUAACUGAAAAAAUCGUGUCAGUAUUACCAAAAAUGAAGUGUCCUCAUCGUUUGGAGCCACAUCAGAUCCAGGGACUGGAUUUCAUUCAUAUAUUUCCUGUUGUACAGUGGCUGGUGAAACGUGCAAUAGAAACAAGGGAAGAAAUGGGAGACUAUAUUCGUUCUUACUCUAUAUCACAGUUUCAGAAAACUCACAGGCUACCAGAGGAUGAUGAAUUUAUGCAAAGAAAAGAGAAGGCUAUCAAAACCGUUACCGAUAUCUCUGAGGUUUACAAACCCCAGAGAAAAUACAAACGUCAGAAGGGAGCUGAGGAAUUGCUAGAUGAGGAAUCAAAGGUUCAUGCUACGCUUCUGGAAUAUGGCAGGAGAUAUGGAUUUAGCAGACAAGCAGGAAAAACAGAACAGGCUGAAGAUAAAAAAGUUGCACUACCUCCAGGGCUUGCAGCAGCAGGAAAAGCUGAGCCUUGUGAUGAAGAUGACCUCCAAGCUGCUGAAGAGCUUCGCAUUAAAACUCUAAUGACUGGAAUGGCUGCCAUGGCCACAGAAGAGGGCAAAUUGACAGCAAGCACAGUUGGCCAGAUUGUUGGACUCCAGUCAGAUGAGAUCAAGCAAAUAGUGUCAGAAUAUGCUGAAAAGCAAUCUGAGCUUUCCUCUGAGGAGCGACCAGAAAGGCUUGGAGCUGCCCAACAACAUAGAAGGAAGGUGGCAUCUCUGAAUAAGCAGAUUUUGCAAAAAACCAAACUCCUGGAGGAGUUGCAAGCUAAAUAUACUGAUCUGCAGGCAAAAUGUGCCGAAGCAAAGAAGACGUUAACAGAGGUUAAGAGUUACAGUGAAAAGCUGGACAAGGAAUUGGCAGCCUUAGAAACAAUAGAAUCCCAAGCAGAUUCUAGCGUAUUACAGAGUCUGCGAGCACUGGUGGCCAUGAAUGAAAACCUAAAAAGCCAGGAGCAAGAGUUCAAAGCACAUUGUAGGGAAGAAAUGGAGAGACUUCAACAAAAUAUUGAGACUUUGAAAGCUGAAGCGGAGGAAAAUGGGGAGGAACAGGAGCCGAAUAAGAUUAUAGAACAACAGUACAAAACUGAGAAAGAUAAACUCCAAAAGAUCCGGCUGUUACUGGCACGAAGAAACAGAGAAAUAGCCAUUUUACAACGCAAGAUUGAUGAAGUACCCAGCCGAGCUGAGCUAACACAGUAUCAGAAGAGAUUUAUUGAACUUUACAGUCAGGUCUCAGCAACUCACAAAGAAACGAAGCAAUUCUUUACUCUUUAUAAUACACUGGAUGAUAAGAAAGUAUAUUUGGAAAAGGAGGUUAACUUACUGAAUUCUAUUCAUGACAACUUUCAUCAAGCAAUGGCAUCUUCUGGUUCUCGAGAGCAGUUUUUGCGGCAGAUGGAGCAGAUUGUAGAAGGCAUCAAGCAGAAUCGAAUGAAGAUGGAAAAGAAGAAGCAAGAAAAUAAAAUGCGAAGAGACCAGUUGAAUGAUGAAUACUUAGAGCUUCUAGAGAAACAGAGGCUUUACUUUAAAACAGUGAAAGAAUUUAAAGAGGACUGCCGUAAGACUGAAAUGCUGCUGUCCAAGCUGAAAGCUAGUUCUUCCUGA